AAUUACUAUGAGAUAUUGGACGUGUUUACAGAACUAUGGUCUACAAACAUGGUGAAUGUUGGAAGUGAGGUGAAACUUUAGGAUAUUAUCUUGUAUGAUUUAUAUCUUUUAUGAUAUGUUUUCAAAUGCGAGGAUUUUAAGGAACGCACCACCAACUACUUUUCUCUCUUUCACAUAGAAUCUUAAUAGUUGUGGCUCUUAAAACUAAUAACCGAUUUUGAUUCCAUCCCGCGUUUUUUAAAUCUUUGUUAUAUCCGAAUGAAUGUCGCCCAAACUGAGUAUUGAGUAAUAUUUUAAGUAAAUUUCAAAACCAUCGUGAUUUGUGUGAAAUCCGACAUGGGAAAUCGUGCAUCAAGAAAUAAAUCACAAAAAUCACACAAGGGCAGCAAAAAAGAUGACAAUCAAACACUGAGAACCCGAUCAUUGAACAGUUUACCUCUGGGUGAGCGAUUGCCUUCAAAGCCAAAACCUAUGUCUCAGAGCGUUCGGGAAAGAAAGUGCGUAGUAAGUGAACGGUGUUUAGAUACCGAAGUAUCGAAUGCGACAAGACAUAGACGACAGAACACAGCACCGGAAAUUAUUGUUCAAUCGACACCAAGGUCUUUGAAGAUCAGUGACUUUUCAAAGGUCAUCCAACAACCGGAUCCUCCACAGGAAGAGGUUGAUUUCAACAUUCCAAUUGAAAAUGCUCUUGAGCCAACCCCAGAUGAACUAUGUCAAAUCUGCAGUGUAUUUACUGGUAAAAUUAAGUUUCUAUGCAAAAUCUGUUAUCAAGUCUAUCAUCUUGGAUGUCUUCAGAAGAUUGAACAGCACGAACCUUCUCCCGUUGUCUGUUACCUGAACAGAGCAGAUACGGAAUUAGGAUGGAGCUGUCAUUCAUGUGUAAGUAACAGAUAA